AUGUCCUUCCAAAACAACAAUAGGGAGCAUGGUGCUGGCGACUUGAAAUAUGAUGCAGAUACUGAGAGCAAAAAACCCCACAAGGCCAGAAGAAAAGUCGAUCGUAAUUCUAAUUUUACACCACAGAUUUUCAGAAACAAUCAGUACAUGGGAUCCGCUACUCCAUCUCCUCGAAAAGUGAACCGGGUGUAUUAUGCAGAGCCUCUUUUCAGCAACCCUAUACAGGAAUAUGUUAACACCAACAGGCAAGAAGAUAUUCAAAGUGAUAACCAACGAUCUGACGGCUCCUCUACAACCGAAAAUGAUAAUUUGGCUACUCCUGAUUUCACUUCAGAUGAUGAAGAUGAAGAAAGAAUUGCUUCAAUUAUUAUCCAGAGAAGUAGGCAGUUCCUCUUGAAUCAUAAACAAUCUAAUCUAACCAAAACCAAAGGAAAUGAGAAUAGCGAUGGCGGAAUUAAACCUUCUCUCCCGGGAAACUUGAUAGUCAAGAUUUUCGAAAGCAUGAUCAGGUCACCACAAAAUCUUGAGAACUCAAGCAUAACUCGAAACUCGGAACAGAACGUACACAAGUCGACACAUGGAGAAGAUGCCGACUCGAAUCCUAGCACCAAUAAUGCAUUUGAGAGUGUUGAAAAUGAGGAAGAUGAUGAAGCAGGCAAAAACAAUGGCGGCAUGAUUGAUGCUAUUUGCUUCGCUCUUACCUGUUUGAGGUACUGGACUAUCUUUCGUGGUAUUUGGUGCUAUCCUGGUACCAACAGGAUCCUGGGGAUAUGUUUACGACUUGGAAGUUUGAAUACUCUGAUUGCUUUCCUCUCGGUUAAUGGCCACGUCAAUGGAGUAAUCGAAGAUUGUCACUAUAACCUGAAUAGUAGUAGUACUCAAUGGCUUUCAUCCAAUUACUCUAAUGGUGGCGCGGGCGAUACAGCACUGCUUGAAUACAACUCUACGACCGCAGUUGACAAGAAGAAGAAUGAAGAACUGGCUUCUUGGAAUGGAAAAACUCUUGAAGCAUCUGCACAAUCCUUGAUCUCCUCCACAAUCCAAGCUCGGGCUACCAUUCAAAACUUACCACCGGAAAUAAUUCUUAAACUCUUCAAGUUACUCCGCUUCGAAUACUGUAAAAUGAACAUACGCGACCUUCUAGGUGAUCCAGGCUUCACUACGUCGAUCUGCCUAGCCCUUACCUGCGGCAAGUAUUGGAAGAUAUUUGCUGAGCUUUGGUGUGACCUUGGAACAACUAAAAUCCCUGCGUUGGAUCAAAUUCAAGCCUCGAUAUUACAAUCACUUCUGGCUUCCUGGGUACCUCCGAGCUUUCGAAAAACUUCCGAUCUCACAAAAUGGCACCCUGUCCCAAUGUUCCUCUGCAUAGAUGUUUACGGCGAUGGCACAUAUCAUAGCGAAGCCGAACGCAGACUGUUAGCACGCCAUCAAGAUCGAUUUGCGAUAACGAACGUUGAUUACCUCGUUGAAUGUCAAUAUCAUCCCUGCACUAUCUCCCCACGUCGUAUCGAGUUCCCUAGUCCACAAGGAAUGGGAGAAGAAUGGUACUUAAAAGCUGCUACUAUGUACCAGGAUCUCGUUUUGAAAUGGUACAGCGAAUUCGCCGAUUACGGACCUGAAAGAGCACAUUUGGAGCUCUCCUGA